AUGGUCUCCAUCUUCCAAAAGCUUGCACCGCGCAAGUAUAUCGACCUCAUAAAAAGCGCAACGGAUAAAUAUGCAAAUUGGGACCCGUCGAUUCCGAUCGAGUCACUCAUACCUAGCAUACAAUACCAGGCAGGCGACUAUGGAAAAGUUAACAAAUAUUCCGGUCAGUUUGAGAAGCAGGGAAAUAUUUAUCGUGACGAAGGAAUUAUGCACAUAACAUCGAAAUAUAUGCCGAUUACGGGUCCUGAAGUCGACGACUAUCAGAUACAUUCCAUGAAUGCGAGAACGAUCAGUCUCGGACCAGAUGUGCAUGCGACCUUUGUUCAAACCGUUGAACCGGCCCUCGGCGGUCAAUGGCGAUUUGGUCGUACACGCGGAGCCCUGCUACUUAUGUACAAAUUUCGCAUCACAAGGGUGCCUCCCGAACUGCUUGAAACGCUGAGGAGUUCUGGUUGGGCAAACGGGAAACAUAUAGUGACGCAUGUCUAUAAAUGUCCUGCCUACGCUCUUUAUCUUUCUGACAGAAGUAACGAGACUGUCAGCAUCAGCCUACGCGUGGACGCUCCUAGUAUGGUAGUUCCCGGAAUGACGGUUGGAGCUGGAAUUACUGCAGCCUGGUCUGCAAGCGGUGUUACUGGAACUUUCCAGAAAGCUACCAAUGCCGAACAUGUCUUUGUGCCAUUGUAUCAGCUUAAAGAAGUUGGAACGCGUGCAGGGAGGCGGAGACAGGAUUUGGGCCCCGGUGAAGAUGAGAUUGAAGAAUGGCACCAAGUCGAGGCGCCGUGGAAUUUCCUCAAUGAAGAUGGGGAAGAGGAGACAGGAGAGUUACCCAACGAAUCUGACGUCGAGUGA